GCCUAGCCAUCGAGGUAAGGCACUCGUGACGCGAAUACGUAGAUUCCCCAACCCGUCUUCUAUCACCACAAGGCCUUGUCAGCCAGGCUGCCAUCCCCCUUCAUUUAAUCGCACCCUCCCCAUUGUCCUCCGAGCCGGUCGCACAGCGCCGCAUAGUCUUCCAUGGGAGAUGUCUCGGGAUGGCUACUCAGGUGUUGAUAGCCCAUACGGGCCAGCGGCUGGAGGUCGAUACCGCGCAGUUUUCCAUUCUCGAUGAUCUGAAGACCUGGGUCUCUCGAAGCACCUCCAUCCCACCCCAACACAUCGUCGCCUUGACCCCUCAAGGUCGCAGCGUCAAAUUCGCCAGCCUACAUGCUGAGAAAGAAAUAUUCGUCUACGACAUUCGAAUCAGCCAGCCAGCCUCGUCCAAAGGUGCCUCGACUCUUAUCUACGACGCCCCGCUACCCAAAAAAUACACCGCGACGAAUGCGCCGAACUCGAUAGAUGAUGUGCAGGCGAUUUCAUCAUGGCAACAGCUAUACAAGGACCGUCGAAACUGGGCAAUGCAUCUUCUUGAAGACUGCACUCGCAUGAAUGCGGGAACCCUGGCCCGGUACGAUGAAAUCGAUGUCAUUGUGAAAUGCUUGGAUGCAGCCGUCACGAACCUCGAAAUCAGCAUCAAACAGAUCGAGCCUAAAUACAACGAGUUGAAGAAAUGGGUUACGCCUGCCCUAUCGGAGCAUGAUCAUCUAGUGAAGAAGUGGGAGCACUAUCUUCACUUAGCCACGAACACACCCAUUUCGGCUUCCAUGGUCAACUUCAUGACCCGCAGGGAAUCCACCAGAGCGAAGCCCACUCUUGAGGAUCUUAUCGAGUUUGACACGGCGAAGAAGGCAGGCAAGCUAGCACCUACCGCGCACCGGAGAUUUAGUGACAAGGCCAACGACCUCGACAAUACGGCGACUCGCAUGUACCAAGGAUUGGAAGGACUGAUUGGGGAUUUUGAGAAGCUGAUGAGCCGUUCCGCUCUCGGUCACAGCGCCGACUCAAGCCAGCUUAUUGAGGACAUCGAGGCUGUGGUCAAGCAAAUGGACUCCGACUACCGCGCUGCUCUUGGAUAUAGUGGUACUCAGCGUGAUCUGGCACUGGCUUCGAAGACCGCCUCGAUUCACACCGAGCACAUGGUGCCGACAUUGAAUAAACGAGCUCUGGAGAUGGAUGAGAUGCUGCAUUAUGCGACGAACGCGCGCAACUCUAUCGCCUCCGAAUCUGCCAAGUUCAUGCGCGCUAUCACGGACAUCACGUCCUUACACAGCAGUGUCAAGGGCCAGAUCAAUGUUCUCAACCAGUCGGAAGAUGACAUGACCACAUUUGAUUAUCUCCGUCUUAUUCAUCAACUGCCUUACAUGUAUGCUUCAUUUGUUGUUGAAGCUAUUCGACGUCGGGAAUGGGUUGACAAGGUGAAGACCGAUUCUUCGACUCUCGCAAACGAGAUGGCUCUCUUUCAGGACGAAGAAUCCAAGCGUCGCAGGAAGUGGCAGAAGAUGAUUGGCAGCAUGUACGGACCAGGGCUUGACACUAACGUGGUUGGCUUGGAAGUCAAUCUGCUCGGGGAGGAUACUCCGUGGCCAACUGUCACGAAGGAAGAGUUGGAUGAGUUUACACAGACUCUGCAAGACCAGGGCAUUGACCAAGAAAUCCUUGACGACAUCCUCAAGCUCGUUCAGGAGCUCAACAACCCGACAAAGCAGCAAUCUAAGCGACUCAAGGCGUUCAAGAAUGGGAGCAUCCACGAGGCAGCGCUUGGAAGGAGCGGGCUUAUGAUUCGAGGAGAUGACGACCUGCUCCGAUCGCUACAAGGCGACAAGGGGAAGCUUGAGAACAAACUCAGGACGGCUGAAAGCAGAGUUCGACGUUUGGAGGACUUGCUCCAUCGGCAGAGCCAAGCGACCCGUUCUGGGAACCUUUUCCAACCUCAAAGCCCUCAACCGAGGGAAAGACAGAACUCGGUCUCGUCCAUCAAGUCGAGCCGGUUCGACGACCGACGGCGGUCUUCUGACAAUGGGGAUCACUUGCUGCGACGCAUCACUCAAUUGGAAAAUGAAUUGCGACAGGAAAAGCAGCGGUCCACCCACCUCCAGCAAGAGAUCACCACCCAAGCAACCCGGCACGAGGACAUGAAGGGCCAAAUCGACGAGGUAAACUCAACGAAGAAGGAUCUCCUUGGAAACAUGGAAGCUCUUGAACGUGAAUUUGUGGGGGAGAGAAAGGCCCUCGAAGACGAGAUUAAGAUCCUCAAGGCUCGCCUAGAGGAUACAGAAGAUGACCUAGAGCAGUUUGACGAGUCAAGGCAACAUGAGAAGGCCACGUAUGUCGAGAAGGUUGAGGCUCUUGAGUCCGAACUUGAUCAAAUCAACAAAAACCGACAGGACGAGGUUCUGAAAGCCCAAGGUCAGGUCGAGUUUCUUAGAAAGGAGACUCGGAUUCAACGAGAACAGCAAGAGGUUCUGGAGCAGCAGGUUCAGGCCGCCCAAGAGGAGUCUCGCACCACGGCAAGGAAACUGAGCGCUUUGGAAGAAACCACAGAAAGUCAACUACAGACCUUGAAGAACCUGCAUUUGCAAAUCUUGCCUGAUCAAUCGAUACCAGUUGAUUUGGUGGACAUGGCGGACUCCCUACUUGCUCGCGCCUCGGCCCUUGUUACGCAGCUGCAAAAUACAGAAAGAGAUGCGGCUUUGUUCAAAACAGACUUGGAGCAGGCCAACAACUCCGUGAAGGAGCUUCGGGCAGAAAUCACUGAGACGAAAUCCAAGCUUUCAGAGGAGGAAAUGUCGGCAAUGCACCUCCGGGAGAACCUAUUGGAGGAAAAGGCCAAGGUCGCAGCUCUUGAGGGAGAGUUAGCAGAUGGCCGAGAGCAGCUCGGCGAGGUUCGAGCAAAACUUACCGACGGCGAGACUGGUUCUGAGGUCUUGCAGAAAAGGCUCCGGGAAGAGGAGACCAAGGUGAUGACGCUUACAGAAGAAGUAGCAUCUCGACAAUCCCAGGUGGGCAGCCUGGAGGAGGAGCUUCAUUUGUUCCGGGAGAAGACCGACACCCUCCAGGCCAAGAUAACCGAACUGACGAGCCAGUAUGAACUUCGAGACGAGAGAACGAAAGAUCUGACACAUCGACUGUACUCUCAUAACGAUCGCAUGUGCCGUCUUCUGGAGCGGGUCGGGUUCGCUGUCUCUCGAAAUGACGGGGAGAUGGCGAUCAACAAGAUUCCACGUGCUGAAAGAUCGAUUGUGAACCUGAACGACGCAUCCGACCCCGCAGCAUCCAUUCGUCGAUCUGGAACAUUGAGUCGUGUCCUGGGUGAUAGCCCAAAUCUGGAGCUUUUGUACUGGUUGAACAAUUCUGAUAUGAAGGUUGAAGCUAAGAAUUAUGAGACCUUCAUGAACACGCUCGGCAACUUCGAUAUGGAUCUAUUUUCCGAUACCAUCUACCGCAGAAUCAAGGAAGUGGAGCACAUGGCUCGAAAAUGGCAACGAGAAAGCCGUGCCUACAGGGACAAGACGCACGUCUUGCAGAAGGACUCGCACGAGAAGAUUGCAUUCAAGCACUUUAAGGAAGGUGACUUGGCGCUCUUUUUGCCCACUCGUAACCAGCAGGCCGGGGCCUGGGCAGCCUUCAAUGUUGGGUUCCCACACUACUUCCUCCGCGAGCAGGACGCUCAUCGCUUGCGUCAUCGAGAAUGGCUCGUUGCACGAAUCUCUCGCAUCCAGGAACGCGUUGUCGAUCUCUCAAAGAGCCUCCAACCGAGCAACGAGACGGACUCGAUGAAUGACGAGGAAAAUGACAAUCCGUUCCAGCUUUCUGACGGGCUUCGAUGGUAUCUUAUCGAUGCCUUUGAGGAUAAACCAGGUGCUCCUUCAACACCUGGAAUGGGCAAAUCGACUGUAGCGGCUAACACCGUCGAAGCAACCGCAAACAUACAUACCCAUACGGCCGUUGGGAAGGGAAAGAAUAGGGAUAGCGUCACCAGCAUCGAAGGAAUCAACAAGACUCUUUCGAAGAGUCUGGAGAGUCGGCGUAGUAGCUCUGGCUCCAAGAAGGCGUCUCUUCCAUUCCAACUUGGCGGCGGGACAGCGCUGUUAAAGAACAGCGCUUUGGCCAGCGAAACGAACUCAUUACGGGCCGUUCCGACAGACACUCCAGCAGGCACGAGCCCCACGCAAGCAGGUCUCGCAGCAUCCAACGGCGUGACUCCGAAGGCGCAAGCCGAUGGACAAGAUAGACCGAGGCCCGCGCAGCCAGAAGGCCUCGGCAAAUCACCGCCAGGCGAGACAUCGACGAAGAGCGGCAGUGCGAAUCUGGACGAGGUACGAAGAGUCGACUCCCUCCUUGGACCCUAGGUCGCUGAUCGGCUCUUGGCAGCCUCGGACACUUGUACAACGGGAAAACUCGAAGAAGUCAGUUGUGUGGGACUCGUUGUGGAGCGUCGACUACAAUUACGAGGGUGGCGUGAGGAAAUAGCUGGAAUAGAAGAUUGGCGAUUUGGCGUGUUAUCUACUGGACUGGG